AUGUUCAAAAAAGCAAUAAUUCUGACAAUAACUCUGCUUGUUGUAUUUACGGCUACUCUAGCAAUUCUAUUACAAGUAUUAUCACCAGGAUUUUCCAAAGGAUCUUAAUCGUCUACUUUCCUUUAAGAAUCGUAAAUUAAAAAUGAUUUUGAUAAUCUUAUACGAUUACGAUAUAACCAGUACCUUCAGAAAUAUGAUAAAAAUUAUAAACAAACCUUUGAAUACUUGAAUGGCUUAAACACUUUUAAAAAUAACAUUGCAAUCAUUGAUAAAUACAACUAGAAUCAAAAGAGUUUUGUUUUAAAGGCAAAUAGAUUUUCUGAUCUCUCAGUGGAAGAAUUCAAAAGAUUAUAUACUGGCAGGCCAUAAACCUCCUAAAAUAUUAUUAAUUCGUCAUCGUCUGAGCAAGACUAGACAGUAGACUAAGACAACACUAAUAAUAGUACAAAUAAAAGUGGUAAGCUUAAUACAAAAAUAAUUGAAUCAAGAGAUAUAUUGAAACUUCCAGAGUCAUUUGACUGGAGAUAAAAGAAUGUAAUAACCUCAGUUAAAGACCAAGGAGGAUGUGGAGGUUGCUAUUGUUUUACAAUGAUUGCUGCUCUUGAGAGCGCAUUGUUAAUUAAAAAUAAAGAAAAAUAUCAAGGUAUAGAUCUCUCUGAGUAGUAAAUAAUAGAUUGCUCAGUUAAUUAUGGAGCAUUUGGGUGUAAUGGAGGUUUUGAAUUUUAGGCAGGAUACCUGAUGACCAAUACAAGAGUAGCUUUUGAAAAAUUAUAUCCCUACUUAGGAAGAAAUAAAGAAUGUAAUAAAACAUUAAGCAAUGACUCAAGUGUACCGCCCAUUAAAUAGACAUUGUAUAAAACUGGAAGACACAGCAGCAUAAUGAAAAUGACACUGAUGAAUUAGCCAUAUGCAAUAGGCAUAUCUUCAUCUAGUGAGGUUUUUAGAUUUUACUCAAGUGGUGUGAUCACAUCUUAUGAUUGUAGCUAGAAUAUAGAUCAUUCAGUCCUACUAAUAGGGUGGGGAAAGACAAAUUAUAAUCUAGAAUAUUGGAUAAUAAAAAACUAGUGGGGAACUUCAUGGGGAGAAAACGGAUAUGUAAAAGUCAUGAUAAACAAUGAUGGGUUAAGCCCUUGUUAGGUUGGAUUUGAUUUAACGAUACCAGUAGUUUGA